AUGGCAAGGAAGGCAGGAGGUUUGGCAGCAAUUAUGGCCGGGCAACCGAUAGUGCGACAACGACGAUCUGUCGCUAGCGUAAUAAAAACGGUACUAUUAGGUGAUAUUAUGGGAACAAGGACCGAAAAAGAUCUUGGUACAAUCGCGGUGCUACGUUCUUCCGGACUUCACAUUGGUCUUGUGAUUGCAUGCAUGGUCUACAUCUAUAUGGGUGCAAUAAUCUUCAUGUAUCUCGAACAUCCCCAUGAGGCUGAGAUCCGCGACAAGACGUCUUCACGAUUUCAUGAACUGCAACAACGGUUUCUGAAGGAUGUGGAAGAGAUAAGAGAAUCAGAGGAUAUUGAUGAAAGUCGAUUCAAUUCCACUAUUGAUCUCCUUCUAAACAACUACCUUCAAGAUCUCUUCAAAUUCUUCGAUAAUCCGAUACAGCUGAAGACCGAUACAUCCACGUGUUUCGUCGAACUCAGUCAGCAUCCGCUCCGCUUGGCUGAUGCUAUAUGUUAUCAGAACAAUGUCACCAGCAAAGCGAAUGGUGUAGCUGCCGACCGUCAACCUUCACUCCCAUAUCCUCAUUCCAGCUUUCGCAUUGCCUUCUCGAGAGUGGCUGUGGAUAUUUUGAGUGAGAUUGUAUAA